GGAGCCCUGAGCUCUCUCUGAAUGGCUGUUGUGCUUCUCUCUCCAUGCAGCUCUGCAGACAAGGUGAGGCUCCAUUUUAUUAACCGGGAUGGAGAGAAAUACUCGGUCAGCGCCAGAGAAGGGGAAAGUCUGCUGGAGGUUGUGAUAAAUCAAAAUAUUAACAUCGAUGGCUUUGGGGCGUGUGAGGGCACCCUGGCCUGCUCCACUUGCCAUCUAAUCUUUGAGAAAGCAGCAUUCCAGCAACUGGGUGAGAUCAGUGACGAUGAACUGGACAUGCUGGACUUGGCCUAUGGACUGACUAACACAUCUCGUCUGGGUUGCCAGGUGUGUGUGAAGAAAUGGAUGGAUGGCCUGACUGUCCAGGUGCCCACAGAGGUCUCAGACAUCAGGAGAGAACUGGAAGUGGAGAAGCAAAAGAAACAGUAGCCGAAGCACGUGACACGCUCUGCAAAUAUUAUCCUGACCCUGUUAGAAGAGGGGAGGCCUUUACUUUCCAGACUGAAAGCAAACACCCUAAACCAACCAAACCCCAUUUCUGAGUUCACAUGACUUGCUGCGCCCAACAAACUCAAGUAUACAGUGGCUUAAUAUGACAGCUUAGUUCAGCUUACACAUGGAAAGAACCACUGGGGCGUCUGACCACUUGGCCGUGUGCCGCACAGCCCCGUUUUAGCCCACCUUUGGGCUGUGGAGCCAGGCCAGCUCCUGAAAGGGGUUCAGUGCUCAGAAUCUGUAGCCUCAAGCAACCAACCUGGAUUGGGAUGAAAAACUGGCGACCUCUGGGGCUCAUUUCUGACAGAGAGAUUGAGAGAAACUGCGGCGCGUCUGCUGCUUCCCAGGAAGCUUCUUGUGGGCUGGAGAGAAUGGAUGGGAGGAAGAUGGUGGAGUCCCAAAGUAGCAGCCCCCUUCCAGCCUAUCA